AUGGAGGCGCUGGGUGAUUUCAACACUCUACAACAGCAGAUCCAAGCAUCCCUCGUCGCCGUCACCCGAUCAUCCCAGGCCAUCUCAUCCGAGGAUCUGGGCUUCCACCGAUCACUCGAUCCAUCACUAGGUCGCGCACUCGACACACAAAAUGCGCGGCUUCUGGGGCUUGCGGAACGCCUUUUGGGCAAUGCGGCUUCGAGUACGGAGCUUGUACGUCCCAAGUUGCCCGACACAGACGCCGUAGACGCCUCAUGGAGCAGCGUCGUUGAUGUUAUCGACAGCUUGCUUGAGAAGGCCGAUAUCAGCCUGGACGAAUACACGGGUGCAGUCAAGCGCUUGAGCCCGAGCAGAGAGCAGGCAUCGACACCGACCAAGUCGAAUAAGUUCUCGCGCAUCUCCCAAGCCCUCAGAACACAAGACAUUCCCAAGCCGCAACAAAACUUCGUCGACAUUCCUACAAACUUCGAAUCUGGUCCUUUCAAGCCUCUCCUCGAUUCGAAGCCCCACGCCAUCGUACCCUUGACCAAAGCUCUGGAGCCCUUCAAGGACGAGAACAAUGUCCCGCACCACCGCCAUCCUUACCAAACCGAGAUCGAGCAAUACGAGUACCCGUCAUUUGUCUACACCCAGGCAGAGCCCAUCCCUUACCUACCCUACGAAACCACAACCGCUAUAUUUGUCGAUACCGAAGACAAGGUCGAUGAGAUGCUUCAAGAGCUCAGGAAAGCAAAGGAGAUUGCUAUUGAUUUGGAACACCACGACUCUCGCUCAUACAUCGGUAUCGUGUCGUUAAUGCAAAUCAGCACGCGCGAAAAGGAUUGGGUCGUUGAUACCCUGCAACCCUGGAGGAGGAAGUUGAGCAAGCUGAACGAGGUCUUUGCCGACCCUAGAAUCCUCAAGGUCUUGCACGGAGCUUUCAUGGACAUUACCUGGUUGCAAAGAGAUUUGGGACUUUACGUUGUGGGCUUGUUCGACACGCAUUUCGCAUCAAGAGCGCUAGGAUACUCUGGAGGAAGUCUGGCAUUUUUGCUCAAGAAGUUUGUCAACUUUGACGCUCAGAAACAGUACCAGACUGCAGACUGGCGCAUUCGACCUCUACCACAGGAAAUGUUCGAAUACGCCCGCUCCGACACGCAUUUCCUCCUAUACGUCUACGACAACAUGCGCAAUGAGCUGAUCCAGAAGUCCGACUUUUCUGUUGCCGACCAUGAGAAGGACAAGAUUCACGACGUCUUGACUCGUUCUAGAGACACGGCUCUCCAGCGUUACGAACACCCCGUUUAUGACGCAGCACAAGGAUUAGGCGCAGGAGGGUGGUACAAGAUGCUGAGCCGUACACCUGCUCUGCUCAACAAGCAGCAGUUUUCUGUCUUCCGUGCAGUUCACCAAUGGCGUGACCAAGUUGCUCGUCAGCAGGACGACAGCACUCACUAUGUCAUGGCAAACCACAACAUCUUCACUCUUGCCAAGGAGAUGCCCACUGAGAAGGCCGGUAUCUUUGCCGCCAUUCAGCCUGCUAGCCAGACUGUUCGCCUGAGAGUUGACGAAUUGCUGUCAACAGUAGUCAAAGCCAAGGAAGAGGGCGAGAACGGUCCCGAUAUGGUGUCGAUGUUGAAGGAGAUUGAAGCACAUCUCUUGGGAGUGCCGCUCCACGAAACGCCUACCCAUUUCGCUGCUCUCAAACACUCACAGCCCAAGCAAGCCGCGCCUGCUCAUUCGGCACCGAAAGCACCAAUCCUGAACCGCACAGACAGUAGCGAGCCGUCAGGAGUCCGCUCGAAGGUUUCACAGUUCUGGGGUGGCCUCUUCGGCGGCAAGAACCAGAAUGAGCAACCUCGUCCUUACUCUUCCAACAUCUCACUAGCUGUCCCUCUUCCUGCUUUGACGGCAGAAGUCUUCGCCUCGUCAGCUCCCGUAACAGCACCGCCCACCCCUAUCCAGACACCAGCAGCCGCCACGCCCUCGAGUGCGCAAGCGACACCCAAAGAUCGCGUCUUCACACUCAAGGAGCGUGGACGCAAGCGCAACUCUGACGCCAUGUCAACCGGCAACGACAGUCUUGCGACCAACGCCGAUGAGAUUGAUCUUACUGCUGAUGAAAGCCUCGAAGCCAAGCGUGAGGCUAAGCGUCAACGCAAGGAGCAAAAGAAGGCCGAGAAGGAGGCGGCAGCCCAGCACGCAGCAGAGGUUGAUCUGGAAGAGGAAGAGUUCGAUUACGCAGCCGCACCUAGUGUGCUAGAGGCGAACAAGGAGGAUCCUCGCGACAGAAGGAAGAACAAGAAGGAGCCCAAGACCAAGGCAUUCAAUCCAUUCGUCAAGGCACUCGACACGAUGAAGGGUAUGCCAAGACAACAGAAGGAGAGGGCUGGCAAGAGCAUGACUUUCAGGAAGUAAGGGCAUGGAGUUUAUUGGGAACGGCUUUUGCAUUAAAUAGACAUUAGACCAUGACAGGUCUGUCGGCUUCGACGUCAAGACACGA